UGUGCUGAUGUUCGGGACGUACGGAAGAUAUUUAAUCGAAUUAUUUCAUGAAUAUUAGUAUCUUAGAAUUUCGGAAAAGGAAUUUUAAGUUAUCUCAACCGUGAAUGAAUAUAAAAGUGAAGUUCAAAAUUUAUUCAAAUAAAUUUGAAUUAAUGUUCGAUCGAAAAAUUAACUAUAAAUUUUAAUUAAAUUGCCAUCCUCAUUAAGAUUCUUAUUUGUGCAUAAUAUCAGAAGAAGCAUCAAUUAUUUAUGUCAAUAUACAAUUGAAUACAAAAUCACGAAUUUAAUUGAAUUCCCCAAGCACUGUAAUCAGAAAGUCAUUAAAAAUUUUCUUAUCAGAAUCAAAUUUUGAGAAAAAUAAAAGGAAAUCAUCGGUUUGUAAGUUUAGUUUAAAGUGGAGCCAACAAUAAUUAAAAGAUAUUAUCUGAAAGCAAAUCAAUACAAAAAGUCUUAAUCAUCUUGUGAAAAGUUAAGACAAUGAUUAAGCAGAAGUGAAAUGUUUUAAUUAAUUUUUGUUCGCUUCUCUCUCUCUUAUCACCUCAAAGUCAGUGAAAAUUAAAAAUUCAUAAAGUGUUUCCGUAAAGUGUGGAAGAAUAUUUGAAAAAGAAUUAAGCAUAUCAAAAAAAAAUCAUCCCUAAAGACAGCGAACACGAAAUAACAAGACAGAAAGAAAACAACCAACAGAUAAAAAGUUAUGUAAAUUUGACGUGAAAGAUAUGAAAGACGUAAAAGGUGGAGAAGCAUAAAAAGGAAUAAAACAGUUCUGAAAAACGAACAAAAAUAUAUCGCUUACAAAUAAUGCUGAAUGAAGUGGAAGAAAUUUCAUGUAGAUCGCAUUGAGUUAUUAAAAUUACAUUUCAUCACUGUCAUCUCUUCCAUCUUCUUAAAAUAAAGAAGAAAAUAGAAAAUAAUCUGACGAAUUCAAUUUUAAUGAGUGCUUGCGUUUGGUGUCACAAAAAUAGAAACAUAUCGAAACAUAACGAAAGAGAAUUGUGCAAGUGUAAUGUGAUAAGUUUACAAGUGGAGUAAAAAGUAUGGAAACAAAAAUGUAUCAUUUGUUGAUAAUCUUUGGAUUAUUGUACAUCACUUCGAGUGAUGCUUAUAGCAGACACAGUAUGAAGUCACUUGUACCACAACCAGCGUCAAUAGAUCCGUGUUAUGAUGAAGAUAGACCUCGUCGAUGCAUGCCUGAUUUUGUUAACGUCGCAUUUGGAUCAACCAUCGAUGCUUCCUCAACAUGUGGAACUAACAGUCCACAGAAAUAUUGUGAUGUGGAUGGAAAGUGUCAUACUUGCGAUAUUAAUGACCCAUCAAAAAGUUUCACAGCUGCCGCACUCUCGGACAUUCAUAAUUUAAACAAUGUUACUUGCUGGCGUUCGGAACCACGACCCAUGUCAAAUACGAAUUUCGGAAGCUUUGAAAACUCGCCCGAUAAUGUUUCAUUGACGCUUUCAUUUGGAAAAAAGUUUGAAUUAACAUAUGUGAGUCUACUGUUCUGUCCAAACGCAAUUAAACCAGACUCUAUGGCAAUUCAUAAGAGCUCAGAUUAUGGGAAAACAUGGCAACCCUUUCAAUUCUAUAGCUCUCAAUGUAAAAAGCUUUACGGUCGCCCGGCAAAACAGCAAAUUACGAAAUUUAAUGAACAAGAGCCACGCUGUUUGGAUCACAACCGAUUUUCUAACGAUGGCAUGAGUGGAAUUCAAGGCAGUCGAAUUGCCUUCAGCACAUUAGAAGGACGUCCGUCUGCUGCAGAUUUUGAUGCAUCAGCGAUCUUACAAGAUUGGGUCACAGCGACUGACAUUCGCGUCAUUUUCCACCGCCUACAAAGUCCAUUGGCCUCGAUGUCCAUGAAAUCAAAAAAAUUGAAACGAGAAUAUGCGUCUAAAGACACUUCGACAUUGCCGCCGAAUUCAAUGCUCACUGCUGGCACCAGCACUUAUGCGCUCAGUGAUUUCUCUGUCGGCGGUCGAUGUAAAUGCAACGGACAUGCUUCGCGAUGUUUAAAGAAUGCUGAUGGACAACUGCAGUGCAAUUGUAAACACAAUACUGCGGGACGAGAUUGUGAAAAGUGCAAGCCGUUUUAUUUCGAUAGACCGUGGGCACGGGCAACUGUGAGAGACGCAAAUGAAUGUAAAGCUUGCAAUUGUAAUGGACAUGCCAGACGUUGUCGCUUCAACUUGGAGUUGUACAAGUUAUCUGGGAGAGUUUCGGGCGGAGUUUGCGUCGACUGUAGACAUGAUACAGCUGGAAGACAUUGUCAUUACUGCAAAGAAGGAUUCUACCGUGAUUUGACUAAACCAAUCACCCACAAAAAGGCAUGCAGACCAUGUGCGUGUCAUGCUGUUGGAUCAACAGGAAAAGCAUGCGACAAUACAAGUGGAAAAUGUACAUGCAAAGAAGGCGUUACGGGAUUGACUUGUAAUAGAUGCGCUCCAGGUUAUCAGCAAAGUCGAUCUCAUAUUGCUCCAUGUAUAAAACCGCGUGUUAUCAACAUGAAUCUACCACAAAACACGGCACCCGAAUCGUAUUACAGCGAUCAAACUGAAGUCAGACCAAAGUCAAAGGAUGAUAAGACAAUUCUUGCGAAAGUCACUGGCAAGAGUAGUUCAUCAAGUCGUCGUGAUGCUAUGCGCUACAGCAUUGUCAUAAGUCAUACUUAUAAAAAUAGUGAAGGACGCAAUCCGAUUUCAGUGAAGAGCAAGAAAAUCCAUCUAGUCGUACCUGCAAAGGACAGCAACUGUCGCUGUCCUAAUCUGGAAAUUAAUAAAUCUUACUUGAUUCUUGGCAAGCAUACGAAGCAACAUCAUCGAAACGAAUUGGAGAUCAAUAACCGUUCAAUCGUUAUUGAGUGGAGAGAUGAAUUUAAAGGGCGUUUGGAGAAGUUUAAGAAUUUAUGCUACUAAAACAUAAUCGUUCAUCAUGAUGUAACAUAAGAACAACGAGAAAAUCAAAAGUAUUACUGAAUCAUCUCUACACACACACACAGAAGAAUUUUAAUAAUUAAUUAACAUUUCGAAGUGAACUAAUGAGACAAUACUUUUCAUAAACAAUUCCUAAAAUAUACAAAAGAAAGUCUAGUGAAACUUGUAAAUCUAUAAGGAAGUCUUUAGAGACAUAAAAAGUUGCAAUUAAUAAGUUCAAGACGAGUUCAUAUCGAUUACAAUGGAAAAAUUUUCAUUCAUCUAAAUGCCUAACUUGUGAUUAGAAAGAUUAUCUGAGAAUUAUUUAAACACUUCACUUCAUAACCAAACAAUCCAUCAAUUUUUUUUCCGAAUUAAAGAUUAACAUUUCUCAAUGCAAACGAUCUGAUGAAUGAAUAAUUUACGACCUAUAAAAGUGUCUAAAAUCGUGGAGAAAAUGAAUAUUUCAUCUAAUAUUCCAGUAGCAGAGAUGGAGAAAGAAAAAAUAAUUUAAUGUCGCUUACGAAAACUGUCAGAAUUUCAACUUUUUAUUUGAGGAAAUUUUUUUUCCAUGGAGUGAAACUCGUCAUCAUAUCUGUUAGCAUUUCUUAGAAGUUUUUCUCUUAAAUAAAUAAUUCGCUCUCUUUCUGAUGUCACAUCUAUCUUGUCUGUUGAAUUGUAAAUUUUUACGAUUAGUUUUUUUUACUGAGAAUUUUGUUUUCUUUCACCUUUCAUUCUUGUAUCGUUUUUACCACACCCGAAGUUGAGCUUCAGCGAGGUAAAUAAAUACAACAUUGAACGUGAAAAAUUUAUGAUGCAUCAUUAUCAUUAACUAAAUAUUUCUUCUCUCCAUGUUUCAAUUUGGAAGAAGAGGAAAGGGAGCAAAAGUUCGUAGUUUUUGGAUGUGGAUAAUGUGGUAAUGUUACGCAUGUAAAGAACGAUCACAAACAAACAUAAGUCAAACAAUUUUUCAUGAGAAGAUUUUGCUACGAAUUUUUUUUAAAAUAUAUUUAUUGAAAUGAUGAAAGUGAAAAUUGAAUAAAUGUGAUUGAAAUGGGAGUGAGAAUGAUUGAAGUCGAAAAUGACUCUGCUUUACGUGGUUUGCAUUUCACAAUGUCUGGAUGUAUGUGACGACAUAUUUAAAAUUCAUGAAAAAUGCAAAUGAAACAAAAAAAUGAAUGUUGUCACAUUAAUUCAGAAGCAGAGGAGAGAGAAAUGUGAACAAACCGAGGAUGAUGAAACUAACUAAACUGUUAAUUAAUUGAGUAAAGUAAGAAACUCAUGUAAAUAGAAAAUCAUUUGACAAAUAAUUUUUAAACUUCUCUAUCACACGAAACUAUCAAAUCACUAAAAUGAAGCUGCAACAGUUUAUAUUUUAAAAUGCCAUAAACAUCGCCGAUUUAAAAUUUAUUUCUUCAAUUGAUUUCGACGAAAAUAUUUUUCUGUACUUUGUAACUAAAAGAACCAAAAUAAAGAAAUGAAAAUUUUGAUUAAAGAAGAAUAAUUUAUAUCGAAAUAGAUGACAACUAAUAAAGGAAAAUUUGUACAU